GGUGUGGAGUGUGUAGAUGCCACAGUGAUCCACUAGACUGACGUAUCUCCGGUAGCGCAGACGAAGCCCGCAGCCCGGUUAUUGUACAGACUUCAGUACAGCCAAGCAGUCGACAGUCUCUCCUGCAGAGGCACAGAGAAAGGAAAAAAGAACUUCAUCAACGACGAUCUGUAGUUUUGCAGCAUGUUCCACCUUCGUCAAUCUCCGUUUAAACAUAUUAGCCCAGAAACUGUUUGAUUUUGCUGGCAAUUUCUUUUGGAAGCGUUCGCCUUUUACCUCCUUUCGGCUGAUGUAAAAAAAGCAACCUUUCUAUCUUGGAAUGAUGUGGACCUCUCAUGAUACUGUUGGAUUUGUUUUCUUAGCCGGAAUUUGCGUGCAAUUUGGAUUCUCCUUGGAAGGUCACUUCACGGAUAUGCCCUCUAACAUGACGGUUAAAGAGGGACAAAACAUAGAAAUGGCGUGUGCUUUCCAGAGCACGACAGCGUCGGUGUAUUUGGAGAUCCAGUGGUGGUUCGUGAGAGCGCCGGAACCCACUGACAGCGAGGAGGAGGUCGAUGCUGAAGAGGUGGAGAUGACACAAGAGCCUGAUCCUGAUGACGAGGGGACAAAAAUAAGUACAGUGAAAGUCCAGGGCAACAACAUCUCACACAAGCUGCAAAUCUCCAGAGUCAGCAAGAAUGACGACGGACUGUAUGAAUGCCGGGUGACACGAGCUAACUACGUGGAGGUUGUGGAUUACAAAGCCAAAGCCUGGCUGAAGGUCAACGCCACGGCCCGGCCACGACGACCUCUGCUGCCUCCCAAGAAAAGCUCCCCGCUGCACCUGACAGACAAGAAGCCGAGAAAGUCCAGCUCAUCUCCGGGCCAAGACAGCAUGAGUUCAGACCAGAGAGUGGCCUCAACCUCCACCUCCCACACAUCCUCCAACACAGCUCAACACAACCCCGCCUCAGGUACAAGAAUAUUAUCCAACUGUGGGCUGGCUGUCCUCCUCCUGGCAUGUGGUCUGGUGAGGGAUGCCUUGUUAUAAUUUGAAGAACUGAAAUGGUUUGCACCCUGAUCUCGUACCUUCCUUCCCCCAUACUCACAUAUACAAACGCAAACACACAUACACACACAACAUGCGGACAGCAAAGUUGGCCCUCAUUACCCCUCCACUACUGCUCUUGCACCCAGCACAUUGUUAUUAGCCACUGUAAACACCAGUCACCUUUAAGCCAGUUGGAUUACCUUUUGUACAGAUGUCGCCAUGGCACCAACGCUCCGGUGUGAAAACGGACUCUGUAUCUUGUUGGAUAACUCUCAUGGAAGACUGACUUUCUUAUGGUUUCGCUAUUCCAGUCAAAUGUGUUCAUUGCUCAAAAGUGAACAAGAAAAAAGGUGAAUCUAUAUUUGUGUAAUAGAUAUGAUUCUAGAUAUAUAUAUAUAUCUGUUUUAUUUUAAAAUCCUAUCAAAUACUGUAUGUGCUGUAUACAUAGCUGAAACUCACCAUAUUGGCCAUGGAACUUCAUUGUGAAUAGGCACUAUGGCCCUCUCAAAUAAUCAAAAUAAAUUAAAGUACAUGCUAAUUUAGACUGUUGUUAACAUUAACCAUACGGUUAAAAAGGUUAAUUAUUUUACAGCUGUAUUGGCCAUCUAAAUGUUCUAAGCAUCAUGUUACAUCUUGUUAGUGAUACAUAUACCGCUGUGCAUGCUUUUUGGACUGAAGGCAAGAGGGAAACACAAUUAAAUUGAGCAACACUAGUCAUCACUUGGAGUUCCGUAUGUCAAAUUUAGCUUUUAUUGUUUGUGCUAGCUUUGGUGUAAAAUAAAAAAAUGUCCCUUGUUA